UAAUUUAUCCAAGGUGUUUGUUUACAUCAAAUCAAGAUGGCUGAUGAAGUGGUAACCGAAACAGAAACUCCCCUCUCUUCAAAACGCGCUGAACAUCGAAGUUCGGCGUCGUUUCACAGUUCGCCAAUAACUUCCUCGAAUGAAAUUACACGAGUCCCUCUUCAUCGUAUACGAUGCGGGACACUUGACAUAAAAAACGAGGAACGGUGGCUGGAGUACGAACCGCUCUCUAAACAUUUAAGAUUCCUCCACAAAGACCGGAAACACCUGGACCACGAGCACUGCACUCUCCUAGAUUGUCGAAACAUCUCCGCGGCUGAUCUGCGAGUCAGUGCAAAGUUUGGUUACCUCGAUGCAAUGAAGGGAAUUCUUACUGUUGAAUGUCAAAAACUCAUACAAGUCGACAGUCCUCACUGCGAUGCGAGAAUUGCGUCAUGUAGUUACGUUGUGGAGGUGACCUUUCACGUCAACCACACGGGGCAAGUGAGGGAUGUUCUUCGUUCAUUGCGGAACGCAAAGCAACUGGAUUCUUCUUUUGAUGGUGAAACGCCGUCACGGGAAGGAGAAAGUGAAGGAGUGGCCAUGGUUUGCCGCGAGAGGAAGUUGAGGGAAGGUCUUCCUGAUUGGACACCAUAUAUUCCUCAUCGAAUCUACUCACCAGCUGUGCGCGGGUUAAUCGAAUCAGUGAUCACGCUUUAUACAAUUUUUUCCAUCUUGUGGGCGUUGUGGCAACUUCACCGGCAUGUCGACUUCAUACGAGCUCAUGUCCAGCCCAUUAUUGAUGCGUUAAAGUAUCAUGUGCAACUCAUGGACGAAUGUAUUCACUUUUUGAACGGUUUGUUUGAAGAGGUGACGGAACAGUGGCUGGCGUAUGUCAAACCAGGAUAUGUCAUACUCUCUUCCUUCGCGUCACCCCUGAUUGCUGUUGGACACGAAAUAUGGUUUGCAGUUGUAAGCUUUUCAACUGCUCUUGCAGUGAUCUUUCGACCCUUGUAUCUCUUGUUUGAGCCGCUUUUCAAACUAAUCAACAUGGUGUUUAUAAAGACUCCUUAUGCUGUCUUCCAGCCAUUUUUUUCUUUUACAUCAAAAUGCUGGUCAUUGUUUUACAACACUGUGUUUUGUCGUCUAGUUUUAACACAGAUAUCUAACAUUAAACAAGUGUUCAGUUGGUUGGUGGAAAUCCUUGAAAAGAGCAUGAAACUCGAUCCUUUCAAAGCGCAGCUAGUAUUAAUGAGAUCCACCGUCAUAAACAGCGGUAAAGCUCUGAGCCUUGGUCUGGUGUAUUUAUUCAAAGGCAUUGAACGCAGAGUUUGGUUGAUGAUUGCAAGGCCUGCUGAGGACAAGGAUGAGUAAUAAGGGGGUGGCAGUCUGUAGAACACCAUUAUUUACAGGUCUAACAUUGAAUUCCAAUAUAUAUGAAAUUAAAUUGAUGAUAUAUUUACCACUGAUGCUGAUAUCAAUUACUGAAUUACUCAAAAAAUUGUUGUGUUGCAUCUCUCAUCAUUUGAGAAUUGUUAAUUGGUUUGAGAAAAUCAAUUUAUCCAAAUACAGUGGGAGUUGAAAUUAAUAGCUAGUAUAUGACAAAUGUUAACAUUUAUCCUAGAUGAUCAAAGUUUAUAUAUUGUUUACUCUAAAGAAAAUCUUGAGAGAAUUUCAUAAGUAUACCUAGAUUUCAAGAAAAGUUCAGAUGAAAAUGAAUCUCUUCUGUGAUAGAACUUUUAGCAAAUAGUAACUAUCAGUUCAAACACAAACACUGUAUAAAUGUGAUUUAAAGUGAAAAAUUCCCUCGACAUAGCACUAGUAGGGAGAUCUCAGGCUAAAUUUAUAGAUGUUAGAUCAGAACUGACCUAAAUAUAUAUUAUGAUUAUGAAUGUCUGUACAAACAUGUAAAAAAAUAGUCACUUCCUCCAGUGGCACUAGUGUCUGCAUUAUCUACAUGGUAAAAGUAGUUAUGCUGAAAAGUCACAAUACUAUCUAAGACAUUAUUAUAGAUAAUCUAUAUGUUAUUGAUAAUUUAUACUAUGAUACCCAAUGGAAUCCAUUUCUGUUAUAUUUAUAUGGUUCUUUAAAUGGUCUGAAAUGACCCUCCAUUAAUUCAAAAUGGCCCAUCUAAUGUCCUGCAUGGUAACUGGAGAAAAAAAAACAUUUGGAUGUUGAUAUUUAUUACACACAUGCAUGGUACUAUUUAUUUCAUGAAAUUGUCAGGAAACCAUUUUAAAAUUUAUUAAACAAAAUUUUAAAAUGUUGUAGAGGUCUUAUUACAAUUCUCAUAAUAUUUUCAAAUUAAGCAAUGAUAUUUGUUGGUGGAAGCUUGUGUUGAA